AUGACAGUCUCCUCAGCGACGUGUUCGGACUCGGCAUCGAUCGACGCAAAGGCUGCCAGCAGCGUGUCGGCCUUGGCAAAAUUGGUACCGCCAUCGCCACCUCCGCCUCCCAAAAGGGAAGAUAACGCAUCUUGGCCACCGCAUGAAGAGCUUCUCGACAAGAGUCUACUCGAGUUUGUCCUCGUCGACGGGACUGUGCCCAGUUGGCUAUUCAGGCCAUCUCGUGAACCACUUGCUUCCGACAAGUUUCGGAGCGAAGUCCGAAUCUCCAACUUCUUCCAAGCUGCUUCCAAGUUAGCCUCAUCUCUCGCGUUCUUGAACGCCACACUAUCCAAGCUCGGUUGCACGCUCUUGUCGCCACCUUCGAGCACGGCGUCAUAA